AUGGAGGGAAAGGAAGAAAAAUUAGAUGGUAGAGACAGAGAAGCUGAACUCCAUGUAUCAAGCUUGCAGAGUCAUUUCUUAGGUGUUAAUGACAUAUGUUCUUCAGAGAUUGAUCUGGUCAACCAAAUAGCUGAAGGCUCAACCAAAAAGAAAAGGUUACUGUUUAAUGCUCCUCUACCCUCAAGACUGCCUGGGCUUCAGUUAGUUUUAAAGAAUUUACGUGUCAUAAAUUUUAGUUUUAAGUUUACUCCUGUGGGGGAAGACCUGCGUAUUUGCAAAGCACUACUACAUCAUGCAUUUCCUCCUAGUGUUGACCACCUCUUUCUCUCUUGUGGAUAUCCUUCUUCCCAACCUGGCAUUCCUGACUUUUGUGGGGCGCAAGACUGGGAGAGGGAACUGCAGAGGACAAGGUGCCCUAACUGGAGAGUUUCAAAACACAAUGAAUUCUUCAAUCUGUGUGCUUCAUUACCAACUGUGGUAGUUGUUCCUCGUGACCUGCUGGACGCCCAGUUGGAACAAGCAGCUCAGCACUUUCAAGGUACAAGGCCUCCUGUAUGGUGCUGGGGCUCCCUUGCUGGAGCUGCUCUAGUCCGAAUGGCUCAGAUAUCACCUAAUAUCAAUGACAAGCAGCAGGAAAAUCGUAUGAUGGGGUUAGUGCAUCGCUGUCAUCCAAAGAAGUUACAACCAACAAUAUUAGAUUUAGACCAGAUUCUACCUGCAUUAAAAGAAAUACAAAUGUCUUACAUCAAACUUAGAGAAUUACAUACACCAGAUGACCCGCUUCAGUUUUGGGAACAAGAUCGUCAUUAUUGGAGUCGAUGGGAAUCUUCACGUUGGAUGUUGCAUGUUAGCAAGUGCUUGGAUGUUGCACAGAAUGCAGCCUCUGCCAUUAUUCAUCAUAACAGUUCUGUCAUCUUACAAGACUUUGAAGGCCGGGACUUGAGUGCUGUUAUCUCCUGUUUGGUACAGCUGUUACUAGAUCCCCAAGUUAGAACAUUACGUGGAUUUCAUUCACUGGUACAAAAGGAGUGGGUUGCAUUAGGACAUCCAUUUUCAACUCGUCUUGGUCAUACUAGAAAUAAUCCAGAGGAACAGAGUCCAGUAUGGCUGCUUUUUUUGGACUGUGUACAUCAAGUUAGUUUACAACAUCCAGGAGCUCUAGAGUUUACCUCCGAGUAUUUGCUGGCUUUAUGGCAUGCUGCACACUGUUCCUUGCAUUCUACAUUCAUGUUCAAUUCUGUCAGUGCGAAAUGUUCUGCUAUUGCAGUACUGCAACGUGAAAAUCCGCAGCAGCCUGUAUACCUAAGAUCUAUUUGGUCUUGGUGGUUGGGUACUGAUGACCUUUUUAACAAUCAGCAUAAUGGAGCGACAGAAAAUUGUGUUGAUAAACAAAACCAGGAAACAAGAGAGGCAUUUCUUAAUGUACACUAUAUACAAAAGCUGUUUGAGAAUCUGACUGUAAAGGGGUCAUUAAGUCGUGUAGUUGAUUCCAUGUCAAGUGCCCAUGACACCUGGCAUCGUAUACAAUAUUUGCUUGAAACAUCAAAGUCGUCAUUGCCGUUCAAUCCUUCUGGUCCCCCUGUUCCCGUGCAGCUGGAUGCCAGUUUGAGGGUUGACGUUUCUGUGUGCAAUCUGAGGCCAUGGCAAGAAUGUUUUGGCAGAUGGUUGUCUGAACCAGUAGUGUUUGUAAAUAAUGACCCAAAUACUCUCUUGAAGCAAACUGAUCCCACCAAAGAUCACUGGAAACAAAUAUACCAGAUGUACAAUCUUAUGAAGUCCAAUUUACCUGAAAUCAUACCUAAUGGAACAGUAAAAUAAAAACCAAGCAUAUAUAUAUAUAUAUAUAUAUA